AUGUGUUAUAAGGUUUGUAAUAGCGACUUGAAACUAUAUCGGACACGCUAGAUAUAUCGGACGAAUUAUUUGUUGUUUAAAGAGGAUUGUUCAAAGACUCGUCAAGAAGUAAGUUACUGAGAAAGAAACACGUAUGUACCAUUUAUACUUUACUUACAUUAGUUUUAUAUCUUUAUACUUUUAGAUCGAAUAAAAAUUAUUGACAUAUUUAAUAUGUUCAAUUGACUAUACGAUUCGCGGGUCUUUGUCGGUAAUAUAUUGAGUUCUGUCGAACCCAACGGACCAUAAAUUCGAAGAUUAUAUUUUGAAAUCAAAACAGGAACAGGUCACCCAAGACACGUGCGCGGAAAAUGAUAUAGCUAAGAAAACACAGGAAACCCAAGAAAAUAACGGAGAAAAUACCAACACAGCUAUUAUAGAGAAUCAAAUACCAGAACAAAACACACAUAGCAAUUCUCAAGAUGUAGAACUUACCGAAGAAACAGAACAAACAGUUCAGGAAUUGACACCCCAACCGGCAGUACAGCAAAUGGAUAAUAAUGCAGAGAGUCCAACCAGUAACAAGGAAGUUAAAUCAUGUGCGUUCAAAGUUGAAAAGCCGAAAUUACCGAAGUUCAGUGGAGAUGUAAGAGACUAUGUAAUAUUUCGGGGUGAUUUCAAGCAUGUUGUUGAAUCACAGUACAGCGACAGAGAUGCAAUAACAAUACUACGAGCAAGUCUUCAAGGAAAACCACUAGAACUGAUUAAGGGCAUAGGAUGUGAUUACAAAGCCGCAUGGGAGUAUCUCGACUCAAUUUAUGGAGAUCCACGAUUCAUAGCAGACACAAUUACGCAAGACAUAUCCAAGUUCAAAGCACUUCAGGAUGGUGAAGAUGCUCGGUUUUGUGAACUGGUCCACCUAGUUAACAGAAGUUACAACACACUUAAAGAAGUCGGUCGCCCCAACGAUAUGAACAAUAAUCAUAUGUUAGCUUUAAUCGAGCAAAAAAUGUCAAGUGAUGAUCGCAAGGUUUGGGCACGAGAUCUCGAAAGAGAGAAAAAGGAAGCCACACUGGAAAACAUUAUGAAGUGGAUGACAACAGAAAUGAAGUCCCGCAUGAGAGCAUCAGCCCCUCUGCGAAACCAAGGUAGAACAAGAUGGAAUGUCAACCAUGUCGGGCAUGAAGAACACGAAAGGCACAAGUGUUGGUUGUGCAAGACCUCAACGCACUGGGUUGACCAAUGUUCGAAGCUAGAAGCUAUGAGUCCAGAGAACCGAAUGAAGAUGAUCAGAGAAAAUCGUGCUUGCUUCUCGUGUUUGAAGAAAACCAGCAAGAAUCAUAAAGCAGCUACAUGCUCACGAAGACGCCAGUGUACAGGCAAAGUAAACGGUCAACAAUGCAAGUCAUACCACCACCCCCUGCUGCAUGACUCCAGCCCACCCAGUCAAGUUGGAGUUGCUUCAGUCAACAAUGGCAAAGAAA